AUGGCUGCCGACGAGGAACAAAAACCGCAAGAUCUCUUCACUAGCGUGGGAGAACAGGCUCAAGAAGUAGAUGAUCAGGAAACUAAUGUUGCCGGAAGCAACGAAGUCAGACAGACCGGAGCGGAGGAUGCUGAGGGACAUCCAGUUCAGGAAAUCGAGUCGUUAUGUAUGAACUGUCACAAGAACGGAAUCACAAGAAUGCUUUUGACCAAGAUUCCAUACUUCAGAGAAAUCAUCUUGAUGUCAUUUGAAUGUACUCACUGCGGAUUCAAGAACAGCGAAAUCCAGCCAGCUGCACAAAUAGCCGAAAAGGGAUCAAGGUACGUGUUGAAACUUGAAACUAAAGAAGAUUUCAACCGUCAAGUCGUGAAGUCUGAGACUGCCUCUGUAAGAUUCUCAGAGUUGGACAUUGAGAUUCCACCAAAGAGGGGCCAGUUAUCAAACAUCGAGGGUUUAUUGGAAGAAAUGAUCGAAGAUUUGGAAUCCGACCAACCCGCCAGAGAAACCAUGCAACCGGAAAUCUACCAAAAGAUCAAAGAAGUUAUCACCAAAAUUAGAUCGUUUAUCAAUGCUGAACCCAACACCUUACCAUUGACCUUCACCAUUGAUGAUCCAGCAGGUAACUCGUGGAUUGAAUACCUUCCAGGAGAGCCCAGUCAUAAGUGGGCCAUGUACGAAUACUCAAGAACUGCUGAGCAAAAUGUGUUUUUGGGCUUGAUAUCGGCUGACGAUGUGGCCAGACACCAACAAGAAGAAUUGGCCAAUAAGAAGAAUGCCACUUCUAAGAACAUCUCUUCUUCUUUGAAUAAGAGCUCUGAAAAGGAUGACGAACAUAACCCAAGAGCUACGGGCUUUAUCUCUGACGAAACUGAAAUUGAAAAUUUUGAAAACGAAGUGCAAACCUUCCAGGCUACUUGUUCUUCUUGUUUCCAGCCAUGCUCAACACACAUGAAGACUGUUAACAUUCCUCACUUCAAGGAUGUCAUCUUGAUGUCGACUGUAUGUGAUCAUUGUGGCUAUAAGUCUAACGAAGUCAAAACAGGUGGAGAGAUUCCUCCUCGCGGAAAGAAGAUCACCUUGAAAAUCACCGAUCCUGAAGACUUGGCUAGAGAUAUAUUGAAGAGUGAAACUUGUGGAUUGUCAAUUCCAGAAUUGAACUUGGAUUUGACUCCAGGAACAUUAGGAGGUAGAUUCACUACUAUUGAAGGAUUGUUGACUCAAGUUGCAGAAGAGUUGAACUCCAGAGUGUUCAGUCAAUCAUCAGACUCUAUGGAUGAAGCUACCAAGUCCAGAUGGACAAGUUUCUUCGCUAGAUUGCAAGAUGCUAUCGACGGCAAAAUACCAUUCACUAUUAUUGUCGAAGACCCAUUGGCUUCUUCGUACAUCCAAAACGUCUACGCUCCAGACAAUGACCCCAACAUGACUAUCGAAGAGUUUGAAAGAUCCUUUCAACAAAACGAAGACUUAGGUUUGAAUGAUAUGAAAACUGACUAA